AUGGAGAGGAAAGGGGACAAGAAAAUGAGAAGGGAACCGUCCUGCCUGGCGACUCUGAACAACAGAAACAUCACGCUGGUGUCUGUCCGCAAGCGGCAGGCGGCUCGCGAUGUGCCUGAACUGCUGAUUAUCGGCGCCAAGCCCAUGCCGGGCCCUCCCGGGAAGGCAAGCGGCGGCUUGCGGGAAGAAGAGAAAGUUCUGCCGAGUUUCCCCAUGGGAAUGGCAGGAGUCGGCACGGCUGGAAGCCAGGCUUUGUCCAAGACCGAUUCUCCUCCCGGCUGUGCUCAGGAACCCACCAUGAAAGAGAAUUUUGCUUUCGACAACAUGGGCUACGAGGAGAGCUUAGAAACGGUGCCCUCUUCAUCUGCUCAGACCCACACGGUUGCAGUCAACGUGCAGGGCAUGACUUGCCACUCUUGCGUGCAAUCCAUAGAAGGCCGAAUUUCCACGGUGAAAGGCAUCGUGAGCAUUAAAGCCUCCUUGGAGCAGAACAACGCCGUAAUAAAGUAUGUGCCGUCGGAAACAAGUCCUGAGCAGAUUUGCCUUGAAAUCCAGGAGAUGGGCUUCGAGGCGAGCGUCGCGGAAGAGAGAUCGCGGCCGGUGGCCCCGGUGGGGCCGGGCUCGCAAGAGGCCGUGACGAAGCUGCGGGUGGAAGGCAUGACGUGCCAGUCCUGCGUGAGCACCAUCGAGGGCAACGUUAGGAAGCUGAACGGCGUCGUCAGAGUCAAGGUGUCCCUUGGGAACCAAGAGGCGGUUGUUGCUCAUUACCCGUACCUCAUUCAGCCCGAAGAGCUCAAGGGCCACAUCAACAACCUGGGCUACGCCUGCACCGUCAAGAGCCGGUCGGCCCCCUUGAAGCUGGGCGCGCUCGGCGUGGGCCGCCUGCGGGAGGCCGCCGCCAAGGCCCCGCCGGCGCCUGUGGACAGCGGUGGGGCAGCCCCAGCGGCUGGCGGGACGGGCAGCACGGCUGCCGUGCACAUCGAGGGCAUGCGGUGCCAGGCCUGCGUGCGCAACAUCGAGGGGAGCAUCGCGGCCCUGCCCGGCGUGCACAGCAUCCAGGUGUCCCUGGAGCAGCGGCGCGCCGUCGUGCACUACAGCCCCGGCUCGCUCACCCUGCGGGCGCUGCAGCAAGCCAUCGAGGGCCUCCCGCCCGGCCGCUUCCGCGUGCGCCUCCCGAGCGGCGCCGAGGCCGGCGACGGUGCCGCCCCGGCGCCCCGGGCUCACCCCGGAGAGCGGCCGCCGGGGAGGCCAAGCACCGCCGUCCUUCACAUUGAGGGCAUGAGCUGCGGCUCCUGCGCGCAGUCCAUCGAGGGGACGGUGUCUGCCAGGAAAGGGGUGCAGCACGUAGCGGUUUCCCUGGCUGAGGGGACUGGCACCGUGCGUUACGAUUCCACUCUGACCAGCGCAGAAGAGUUAAGAGCUGCCAUAGAAGACAUGGGGUUUGACGUGACGGUUCUCACAGACGCAGCUGCGGCCGGGGCAGACGCGCAGCGCCCGGACGGCAGCCCCGGCGCCGCGGCCCGCGCCGCGCCGGCCCAGAAGUGCUUCCUGCAAAUCACAGGCAUGACCUGCGCCUCCUGUGUGUCUGCCAUCGAGAGGAAUCUGCAGAGGGAAGACGGUAUUGUUUCAGUGUUGGUAGCUCUGAUGGCAGGUAAAGCCGAGAUAAAAUACAAGCCAGAGUUCAUACAGCCUCUUGAAAUAGCCCAGCUGAUUGAGAAUUUGGGUUUUGAAGCGACUGUCAUAGAAGAUCCCACUGAAACAGAAGGAAGCGUGGAGCUUCUUAUUACAGGGAUGACUUGUGCUUCUUGUGUUCACAAUAUUGAAUCCAGGCUUAUGAGAGCUAAUGGCAUAUUCUAUGCCUCAGUUGCCCUUGCCACUUGCAAAGCUCACGUCCAGUUUGAUCCUGAAGUUACAGGACCACGAGAUAUUAUAAAAAUAAUUGAGUUCCUGGGCGGGUGGUACUUCUACGUGCAGGCGUACAAGUCGCUGAAGCACCGGACAGCCAACAUGGACGUGCUCAUCGUCCUGGCCACGACCAUCGCCUACGUGUACUCCUGUGUCAUCCUCGUCGUAGCCAUAGCUGAAAAGGCCGAGAAAAGCCCCAUCACUUUCUUUGACACCCCUCCCAUGCUCUUCGUGUUCAUUGCCCUGGGGAGGUGGCUGGAGCACAUAGCAAAGAGCAAGACUUCAGAAGCUCUUGCAAAACUGAUCUCUCUGCAAGCCACAGAAGCAACUGUGGUGACUCUUGGACCUGACCACUCUGUCAUCAGGGAAGAGCAGGUAGCUGUUGAAUUAGUUCAACGAGGUGAUAUCGUAAAGGUUGUUCCUGGCGGAAAGUUCCCAGUGGAUGGAAAAGUCAUUGAAGGCAAUUCUAUGGCAGAUGAAUCUCUCAUUACUGGAGAAGCGAUGCCUGUCACUAAGAAGCCUGGGAGCACAGUGAUUGCCGGGUCUAUAAACGCACACGGCUCAGUUCUUGUGAAUGCCACUCACGUUGGGAAUGACACUACCCUCUCACAGAUUGUGAAACUGGUGGAAGAAGCUCAAAUGUCAAAGGCACCCAUCCAGCAACUGGCAGAUAAGUUCAGUGGAUAUUUUGUUCCAUUCAUCAUCAUCAUUUCAACAGCGACAUUGAUAGCAUGGAUCACAAUUGGCUUUAUAAAUUUUGAUAUUAUUCAGAAAUAUUUUCCUAACCAGAGCCAGCGCGUUUCCAAGGCCGAGGUGGUGCUGCGCUUCGCCUUCCAGACGUCCAUCACGGUGCUGAGCAUCGCGUGCCCCUGCUCCCUCGGGCUGGCCACGCCGACCGCCGUCAUGGUGGGCACCGGCGUGGCCGCGCAGAACGGCAUCCUCAUCAAAGGGGGGAAGCCCCUGGAAAUGGCUCACAAGAUCAAGACUGUGAUGUUUGAUAAAACUGGCACCAUCACCUGUGGAGUUCCUCGGGUCAUGCGGGUGCUCCUGCUGGCAGAGACAGCCCUGCUGCCCCUGAAGAAGGUCCUGGCCGUGGUUGGCACUGCAGAAGCCAGCAGCGAGCACCCGUUAGGAGUGGCAGUCACCAAGUAUUGCAAAGAGGAGCUGGGCACUCAGAGCCUGGGCUACUGCACGGAUUUUCAGGCAGUCCCAGGCUGUGGGAUCAGCUGCAAGGUCAGUGGCGUUGAAGGCCUCGCGGGCUCAGCCGAGGGCAGCCUCGACGCACGGGACGCCAGCAGGAGCGGAGCCGCGGAGAGAGGCCGGGGAGAGGCCGCGCCGGCUGAGCUCGCUGAGCCCCACCGUCCAUCGGCAUCCCGCACGUACGCGGUGUUGAUUGGGAAUCGCGAGUGGAUGCGGCGCAACGGCUUGCACAUCGCCAGUGACGUUAACGAUGCCAUGACAGACCAUGAAACCAAAGGACAGACCGCCGUGCUCGUGGCUAUCGAUGGGGCCCUGUGUGGCAUGAUCGCCAUCGCCGACACGGUGAAGCAGGAGGCAGCCCUUGCCGUGCACACGCUCAAGAACAUGGGCAUCGACGUGGUGCUCAUAACGGGAGACAACAGGAAAACGGCCAAGGCCAUUGCCACGCAGGUUGGGAUCAAAAAAGUCUUUGCUGAGGUCCUUCCUUCUCACAAAGUUGCAAAGGUCCAGGAACUCCAGAAUGAGAGGAAGAAGGUCGCCAUGGUUGGCGAUGGAGUCAAUGAUUCCCCUGCGCUUGCCAGGGCUGACAUUGGAAUUGCAAUUGGAACAGGCACUGACGUUGCCAUCGAAGCAGCAGAUGUUGUUCUCAUCCGGAAUGACUUGCUGGAUGUAGUUGCCAGUAUUCACUUAUCAAAGAGAACAGUACGAAGAAUACGAAUAAAUCUGAUUCUUGCCUUAAUUUAUAACCUGCUCGGAAUACCCAUAGCAGCAGGUGUAUUCAUGCCUGUUGGCCUCGUGCUUCAGCCUUGGAUGGGAUCAGCUGCAAUGGCAGCUUCUUCAGUGUCUGUCGUGCUGUCUUCCCUGCAGCUGAAAUGUUACAAGAAGCCAGAUGCAGAAAGUUAUGAAGCACAAGCGCAAGGCCGCAUGAAGCCACUUACUCCUUCCCAGAUCAGUGUUCAUAUUGGAAUGGAUGAUAGGAGGAGGGAUUCAUCCAGACCAGCUCCUUGGGAUCAGAUUAGUCAAGUGUCUCUCUCUUCCUUGACUUCAGACAAGCUGCCAAGACAUAAUGGUUUUGUAGAGGAGGAAUGUGACAAGUGGUCAUUGCUCAUGAAUGACGAUGAAGAACAGUACAUCUGAAGCGCUGUAUUCCUAGGGCAGCAGAAAACAUUCUUCCCCACCAGUGACAGGGAGUGCUGAGUUGGGUCAUCAAGAAUUUUCAGGCUAUAAGAGAAGUCAUUCUCUCAACUUACAAAACAAUUGCUACUCGGUUGAGUGUUGGGUUGCAAGUUUUGUGAUUUUGCAGGUCACCAGUUGCUUCUAGUCAUUGAAAGGAUCUGUGGCUACAUAAUAAGUUGGCUCAUUUGCACACAGAAAGUAGCAAAAUAAUGUAAAAUUCUGAUUUCAUAGUCUAAUAGAAGUUCACUCUAUUGGACUGUUUGCUGCACACCAAAUUUCAUUCUUUUCAGACUUGCAACCUUUAUUCUUUCAAGAGAACAUACAGUGAGACUAUUUUCAGAUCUGCCAAAUGGCAGUUUCUGUGUCAAAGUAAAAGCAUCCAUGACACAAGAGCUCUUUGACUGGAAGUUGUGUUUUUACACAGAAUCCUAACUAGGCAUGUCGUUGUGGGAGCACUUUAUAUUUAGGAUUUGUGUGCAUCAUCAGGGAACAAAAAUACUUCAGUGUUUCACUGACUAUAAUUUUAUGAAAGACCUUUCACAGAUUUUCACUUGCUUUCAAGUAUCACAUUCUUCUGAUACACUGCUCUAUUGCUGAACUUGUUCUGUGAUCAUUAGUCUCUUAAAUUUUCCUCUUUUUUUUUUUUCCUGUCUUCAUGACUUACUGUGUUUACAAAUACUCUUGUUUGGGACAAGAUCCUUUAAGUCACUAGGAACUUUUCCUGCUCUGACUUAGGCAGAACUCUGACUGGUUUAAGUUGGCUGUCAUUUUACUCUGGAUACUUUGCAGUUUCUGCACUUCAGCAGUGAAGUGUUUAUGCUAGUGUGGAGGAUGAUAGUAUUUAUGGUGGUGCAGUCAGGAACAGAAUUAGGCCUAGCCUAGUCACUGGUGUGACUCCCAAGUUAACCACAAUUUGCUUGUUUUUUAAAAUGGAACCAUCAUGUUAAAUGAGAGUGGUGAAGAAAUGGCCUGAAAAUGUGGAACUUCUGUUUAUUAUGGCAUAAAUAACCUUUUCUGAUGAUAGAACUUGAACUAAGGCUCAAACUAAGGACUUGAAGUAAAAUUUGUGACAACUUGAAUUUUAAUGUAAAUGGGUAUUAGUGUCUUGAAUUGGUUUUAAUUUCUUUCUUUGCUCUAGUUUAAGGAGAAAUCAAGGUGUUGGAGCCAGACAACCCUUUUUCUCACCUUAACAUCUUUGCCAAAGCUUGCCACAAUUUUAUCAUCCCAAAUAUGAAAUUCAUCCCUUAAUGCUUUGGUUUAGAGUCUGGACUAUGCUGGUCCCUGCUUCAGUGCACUGAGUCUGCCUGUGGGCUAAGGUGCUGCUGAGAGGCUCUGAAGUCACCAGGCGAGAGCUCAGAGUCUGAUCCCAAAGGUGACACUAGUGCCACCAAGCAAUGUGAAAUAACCACUUAAUUCCACAGACUUAAACGUAAGACUGUUUCCAACCAGGGUUCACAUCCUGCUCUUCCUAGUGCAAAAAUGAACAUCACGUUAGAGGGGAAAAGAAAUGUUC